AUGUCCUCGACCUCGCCCUCGAAUACGCCGUCGAUGCCGGCCCACGCUCGUUCCAUGUCGCACGCUGACGUCGCCAGUCGGCAGAACAAACGUCUGUCGCUGAACUUCCCCAUCCAACCCGCUGCCGGCAGCAUUCCUUCAACUCCGCGUUCCCGUCCCGCUUCCUGGAUCGGCAGCCCGGCCCAUAUCCCGGACAAUGCUUCGUCUGUCGCUUCUCCGGUCUCCAACGAUGGCAACUUCCUUACGGCGCUGGCAGCCCAGGAGAGGCGCGUCUUGGAACUCAAAGAGGAGCUAUCCAAAGCCGAGGAGCGGCUGAAAGAAUUGAAGCGGCAAUGGGUCGGCCAUGAUACUUCCCAGAAACGGAAAGACUUGCACGGAUUCACGCCGCUUCCGCCACUCACGACCAGUUUCUCCAACCUUGGCGUCAACGACGAUGCUGCUGAUGGAGAGACCAAUUGGAUGCACAAGGAGAUGGAGAGGAGGAAGGCGAUUUUGCAUGGACAGAGGCAGUCGAGCCGAAAGGUCUUCAGCGGAUCCAGGCACACCCGCGCUCUCUCUCUGCUUUCGCCGGCCAAGGAUCUCUCAAAUUCCAAUACGGACGACGCGCAAGGCUUGACGCGCUCGUCAACCAUCCCGGACACUCCGAGCGACGCCACCGAGCAGGAAAUGCGCGACGCCCUUCUGCGCACCGGGAAACAGAUGGCUACGGAUUUCAAAGACGGCUUGUGGACGUUCAUUGAAGAUUUGCGCCAAGCCACCGUCGGAGAUGAGGGUGUCAACGGCGCGCAUGGACGCACCGGGAGCGGACAGCAACUCCAACCUAGCGGAGCGAACAUUGGUUCCAGCAGCUCCACGAGCCUUGGCCGCUCGAAGAGCCUGGGGCAUGCGCGUAGGCCGAGAACGACGCAGCCUUCCGGAGACGGUUCCGCGCUCAUCGAUAUCGAGGCCUCGUUUUGGAGGGAUAACGGCGUCGAAGAGCCCACGCCGCCACAACCCGCUGUCGUCAAGUCGAAGCAUGCCAAGACGCCACGAAACCGAUCAAGCCAGAGCCUCGAGGACAACUGGGACGACUGGGACAACACGCCCACCGAAGCGUACAAAUCCGGCCAUUCGAGCGCCAACAACUCCAUUUCGCUUUCGGAAGGACGCACUUCUCCGCCUUGCUCUGAGCGCAGCAGCCCACGGACGAGUACCAGUUCGGCCGGUAUUGCUCCUCUGGACUUCAGCAGCAUGCAAAAGAAGAGCAAGCGCGUGUCAACGGGCUCAAUGGUCUCGUGGCCCGCCCUCAAAACGCUGUCACCAAGCAGUCUGGGCCGUGCAGCCUCAAGUUUGAUGAGCGAGUGGGAGAAGAGCAUCACGUCACCGACCGAGGGCUGGUGUGCUGAAGCCGAGGCCAUGGAAGACUACAUCGCGUACAAGCCGGUCAAAGACAGCAAGGCCGAGUGA